ACAACACUAGCUUAGCUCAGCGUUACUAGCAUUGGGCGUUAGCCAGUUGUCAGAUGGUUUUUAACAUGGACAAGCGUUGCCACACAGAUCUCGGCCAACAGCGUCCUGUCGGGCGGUUAACAGAUUUUUGUCUUAAGGGAAAGGGUUUGUUAACUUUGAUUAUUCUGAGUAGCCGGGGAUAGGUUAACUGAGGUGGUUCUCAUUUCCAGCGUCACGCUAGCUAACUUAGCUUCACUGUUGGCUCACUCCGUCUGUCUGAGCUCCGUGUCAGAACAUGUUAUCAGCUAGAUAAUGCUAUGGCCAAACACAAUAUGUAACAUUACAGAGUUUGUUGAGUGGCUUGCAGCUACCCAAUGUCGUCAUAUUUUUAGGUUUUGACACACUUUGCAGGCCUAAAUUUGGAGAUAGGGAAAGAAAAGCAGCCCGGGCUGGCAGCAGUGACAGCUGAGAUCACCUGGCAUGUAACGUUAUUUUAACCAUGGAUGGUGGGUACUUCCCAGAGCAUGUCAAGUGUAUGAGCAGUCUACGAUGGCUGAAACUGAACAGGACAGGACUGUGUUACCUCCCAGAGGAGCUGGCCUCUCUGCAGAAGCUGGAACAUCUUUCAGUCAGUCACAACAGCCUGACCACCUUACAUGGAGAACUGUCCAGUUUACCGAACCUACGGGCGGUGGUAGCUAGAGCCAACAACCUGAAAAACUCUGGAGUCCCAGAUGACAUCUUUCAGCUUGAUGACCUCUCUGUGCUGGACUUGAGUUACAACCAGCUGACAGAGAUCCCCAGGGACCUGGAGAACAGCAGGAACAUGCUUGUGCUUAAUCUGAGCCACAACAGCGUCGACUCCAUCCCCAACCAGCUGUUCAUCAACCUGACAGACCUGCUGUAUCUGGACUUAAGCGACAACAAGCUGGACAGCCUGCCACCGCAGAUGAGACGCCUGGUCCACCUGCAGACUCUCAUACUGAACAACAACCCGCUGAUGCAUGCCCAGCUGCGCCAGCUGCCCGCCAUGGUGGCUUUACAAACUCUCCACCUGAGGAACACCCAAAGGACCCAGAGCAACAUGCCCACCAGCCUGGAGGGACUGACACAUUUAGCAGAUGUUGACCUGUCAUGUAACGACCUGACUCGGGUACCAGAGUGCCUCUAUUCACUGGGCAGUCUGAAGAGACUCAACCUGAGCAGCAAUCAGAUCUCAGAACUGUCCCUCUGCAUCGACCAGUGGACCCAGCUGGAAACACUUAACCUUAGCCGCAACCAGCUCACCUCACUGCCUUCUGCAAUCUGUAAGCUGUCCAAACUGAAGAAGCUGUACGUAAACUCGAACAAACUCGAUUUUGACGGCGUUCCACCAGGUGUGGGCAAACUGUCCAGCCUCACUGAGUUCAUGGCCGCUAACAACAACCUGGAACUCAUCCCCGAGGGACUCUGCAGGUGUGGCAAGCUGAAGAAGCUGGUGCUGAAUAAAAACCGCCUGGUAACGCUGCCGGAGGCCAUCCACUUCUUGACUGACUUGGAGAUACUGGAUGUGCGUGAGAACCCCAACCUGGUGAUGCCUCCUAAACCAGUCGACAGAGGAGCAGAGUGGUACAACAUCGACUUCUCCCUCCAGAACCAGCUCCGGCUGGCUGGGGCCUCACCGGCUACUGUAGCUGCUGCUGGAGGAGGAGCCAGCCCCCGAGAUCCCCUGGCGAGGAAGAUGAGGCUAAGGAGGAGGAAGGACUGCGCUCAGGACGAUCAGGCAAAGCAGGUGCUGAAGGGCAUGAGUGACGUUGCACAGGAGAAAAAGAACAUGGAGGAAAACGGGGACUUGAAAUAUGCAGAUUUAAAAAUCCGGCGCUGGGACAAGAGUCUAGAGAAACCUCAACUGGACUACUCUGAGUUCUUUAUGGAAGACGUGGGCCAGGUUCCAGGAGUAUCAGUGUGGCAGAUAGAGAACUUUGUGCCCAUGCAAGUGGAAGAAGCUUUCCAUGGCAAGUUUUACGAGGCUGACUGCUAUAUCAUCCUCAAGACGUUCCUGGAUGACAACGGAGCGCUGAACUGGGAGAUCUACUACUGGAUCGGCCAGGAAUCCACAAUCGACAAGAAGGCUGGCUCUGCCAUCCACGCAGUCAACCUCAGAAAUUUCCUCGGAGCUGAGUGCAGGACAAUAAGGGAAGAGAUGGGAGACGAGAGCGAGGAGUUCAGCGCCGUGUUCAACAAUGAGAUCUCCUACAUUGAGGGAGGAACAGCCAGUGGCUUCUACACUGUGGAGGACACAAACUAUUCUGUCAGGUUGUACAGAGUUUAUGGCAAGAAAAACAUCCGACUGGAGUCUGUACCUGCUAAGGCCUCCUCCCUCGAUCCUCGCUAUGUCUUCCUGUUGGACACAGGGCUGGAAAUCUUUAUCUGGAGAGGAGCCAACGCUACACUGAGCGGCACCACGAAGGCACGGUUAUUUGCAGAGAAGAUCAAUAAGAAUGAGCGGAAGGGGAAGGCAGAGAUCACCACUAUCAUGCAGAACCAGGAGCCUCCGGGGUACUGGGAGGCGCUGGGAGGACAACCAGAGGAGAUCAAGAAACACGUACCAGAUGAUUUCUCUCCUGUCAGACCUAAACUAUACAAGGUGGGCUUGGGUCUGGGCUACCUGGAGCUGCCUCAGAUUAACUACAAGCUGUCAGUCGAGCACAAAGACCACAAGAUCAAACUGGACACUCUGCCAGAGCUAAGACUGGUGCAGUCUCUGCUUGACACAAAGUGCGUGUACAUCCUCGACUGCUGGUCUGACGUCUUCAUCUGGAUCGGGAGGAAGUCUCCACGUCUCGUCAGAGCUGCCGCCUUGAAACUAGGUCAGGAGAUCUGCUCCAUGCUGCACCGUCCCAAACACGCCUGUGUCACCCGCAACCUGGAGGGCACCGAGUGUCAGGUGUUCAAGUCCAAGUUUAAGAAUUGGGACGAUGUGUUGAAGGUGGACUACACCAGAGCAGCUGAGACUGUACAGCAGGGAGACAACCUACAGGGCAAGGUGAAGAAGGACGCAGAGCAGAAAGACCAGAUGAAAGCCGACCUCACAGCUCUUUUCCUGCCCAGGCAGCCGGCCAUGCCUCUCACUGAGGCUGAACAGCUGAUGGAGGAGUGGAACGAGGAUCUGGACGGCAUGGAAGGAUUCGUUUUGGAGGGAAAGAAGUUUGCUCGCCUGCCAGAGGAGGAAUUUGGACACUUCUUCACUCAAGACUGCUACGUCUUCCUCUGCAGAUACUGGGUGCCUGUGGAGUACGAGGACGAUGAGGAGAAGGAUAAGGGGAAAGAAAAGAAGGAGAGCAGAGGCGGUGAAGGAGAGGAAGAGGAGGAGGACAAACAGCCGGAGGAGGACUUCCAGUGUGUGGUGUACUUCUGGCAGGGCAGACAGGCCUCCAACAUGGGCUGGCUCACCUUCACUUUCUCCCUACAGAAGAAGUUUGAGAGUCUCUUCCCUGGAAAACUGAAGGUGGUGCGUAUGACUCAGCAGCAGGAGAACCUUAAGUUCCUGUCCCACUUCAAGAGGAAGUUCAUCAUCCACAAAGGGAAAAGGAAACAGAAGACGGAUGGCGCCCAGCCUUCCCUCUAUCACAUACGCACCAACGGCAGCGCACUUUGCACCAGGACCAUCCAGAUUGGAACAGAUUCCAGCAAUCUCAACUCAGAGUUUUGCUUCAUCCUCAAGGUACCAUUUGAGAGCACAGACAAUCAGGGCAUCGUUUACACCUGGGUGGGCAGAGCUGCUGACCCUGAUGAAGCCAAACUGGCCGAGGACAUCAUGAACAGCAUGUUUGAUGACACAUACAGCAAACAGGUCAUUAAUGAGGGGGAGGAGCCAGAGAACUUCUUCUGGGUGGGGAUUGGUUCUCAGAAGCAGUAUGAUGAAGAUGCAGAUUAUAUGAAAUAUGCUCGGCUCUUCAGGUGUUCUAAUGAGAAAGGUUAUUUCUCUGUGUCAGAGAAAUGCUCAGACUUCUGUCAGGACGACUUGGCUGAUGAUGACAUCAUGUUGCUGGACAACGGCAAAGAGGUGUACAUGUGGGUCGGUACUCAGACCAGCCAGGUGGAGAUCAAACUGAGUCUCAAAGCCUGCCAGGUUUACAUCCAGCACAUGCGCUCUAAGGACACCGAACACCCCAGGAAGCUGCGACUGGUGCGGAAGGGAAACGAGCCUCACUGCUUUACACGCUGCUUCCACGCCUGGGGGGCUUUCAAAACUCCCCCCGCAUAGACGAACAUUCACACGCACAAAAACGCUCACACGUACAUUAAAUUGAUUUGCUGCCAUGUAAUUUUCUUCCAGUAAGAUGAUAAUGAUGAUGAUGAUGUCUAUGCCUAACUUAGCUUUACCUGAACCCUGACUUCCUCCCUUCUCCUCAUCCUGCUCAACACUGCUGCUCAACAGCCUCGCAGAGUUCUCCCUCUCAGGCUCACGUCUUCUUAAUCGCAUAACAGCUCACACCCCAAAACAACUGAAAACAUCUGUACAGAUUUUAAGUUUAGCAGAACAUCCCUUUCAGUGAAAAUUCAUCCGGUCAAGAGGCUGCUGGCUUUCUCGGUUUCCUGCUGUUUGGGAAAGACGGCAAAAUAUCAGAUUUUUUUUCUACAAGCUUUUCUAGCCGCAGCUCUAAAUACUGUUGAAAGAAGAGAAUUAUGUUUUGAGAUAAAGGAAGGUGUACAGACGCUUUAUAAAAACCCAAAGGGAGGUGAAUCCCAGACAUAUCGAUCUGUUCCGCUGCUUUCACGUGGCUUGUGCUGCAUGGUCAAUAGUUUUUUCAGGGGAUGAGGGACAUAGAUCGCUCCUCCAUGCUUAGUGCCAUUUUGCGCAGCUCAGUCGAAGCAGUUCAAGGCAGAUAAAAGUUGAUUUUACAGUUUGUAUUAUUUUUUUCUUUACUGAGGAGCUGAACAGAAAACAGCACUAUAAUUGUUUUUCUGAGGAAUGUUGGUUUAUAUAUAUAUAUUUUUCUGUUGUAUGACUAUACAUGAUAUGUGUGUGUGUUUACCCCAAUGCGCCUUCACUGAAACGGGGUGUGCCCCCUUUCCCAGUCUGUCUGGUCUCACCUUCUGUAAGUUGUCCACUGAUCUGACAGUUGCUUCUUGCCAGAUGUACCCUGAAAGAGACACGUUUGACUUCUGAAAUCACAGCAGACGUCAGCGUGCAAGUUACAGUUUGUGAGACAGCCUCGUUUUUUACGUUUAAAGUCAGAUGUUUAAAAUGUUGUGCGAUCAGUACAACCGGGAGAUCCUGACUUAUUAACUUUACUUAUUAACAACAAUACCGCGACAGGCUUCAUUCAGCUUCUUUCUUGCUUUUCUGGAGCUUUGCUAGGAUUUCAGAAGAGGAUGAGAAAGUGCUAAAGAGUUUCUUUCCAAAAUUUUAUGGAAUUUUUGAAAAGGUUAACGCAAGAUGUUCAAAAUUCUACAGGUUUAAAGUUUAGACAUUUUAGUCAGACACUGAUCUAAAUUUGCUACAACUUAAAAGUGUUGCUUUUUUCAAAUAUGUUUCUCAUUUUGGAACAAAACUUGUAACUUUUUUUAAAUGCAAUUUUAAUGGGAGAUCUAGUGCAUCAUAUCAGAGACAUAUCUCAAGUAAAGGGACAGUAGUUUCGUUUAUGGUUAACAGAUUUCUGAUCGGUUUGACUAGUUCUACAGCAGAUCGUUUGGAGUACAUAACACAACUGCUCAUGAUCAUGUGACCUGUGCGUUAUGCAGGCAUUGGUCCGAGCAGUAUAUCUAUAUAUGUCCACAAAUGGCUGCAACUACAGUACCUUUGUUUUUGUUUCUUUAUACUAUAUUUUGUGGGGUGAACUGUAUGCCUGUUAGUGUGUUUGAGUCUCUCACACACACACGUGUGUGUAUAUGAAUAUGUGUACAUGCUCCUGAUGCCACCUGCAGAUGCUUUAUUUAUGUAUUUUAUAUUAAAAUAAAAUCUCACAUCA